AUUUGAGUUUUGUUUGAGGUUAAAGCUACGGUUUGUAAUUUUUCCACAUAAUUACUAAAUAAAAAUGAUUAUAACUGUUUAAAACUAGUGUAGGACAUCACAAAAUUCAACAUGAAGAAAAUACCGGAGCAAAAGCUUCAGGCUUUCUCCGUGGGUGCCAUGGGGGGCAGGACCCUGUCCAAGAAGGAACUAGAGGAAAUUAGGAAGAAAGAAGAGGAGGAAGCAGCCGCACACGUGUUCAAAGAAUUUGUGGAAACUUUCCAAGAGGCCCCCACAUCUUCCAAAGUUUGGGUCAAAGCUGGAACUUAUGAUGCAGGAGCUCGCAGGGAAGACACAUCAGAGAGAGGCAAGCUCUACAAGCCGACAUCACGGCUGGAUGAGAAGCGCAGCUCUUCCGACGAUGUGCUCCGAGCCCUUGCUCCCCGCCCCGACCCAUCCCCCUCCAGGUCCAAGAAACAAAAGAUACAGGACAAGAAGAAGAGCAAUCUUGAGUUAUUCAAGGAGGAACUCAGGCAGAUCCAAGAGGAGAGGUCUGAGCGUCACAAGUACAAGACCGUGUUGAAGGAGCGCGGCGUGGUGACUGUGGACCCCGCCUUCGACCUGAUGGGCCCCGACAUGGGCUCCUAUGACAAUGGUGACCCCAACACCACUAACUUGUACCUUGGCAAUCUGAACCCUAAGAUCACAGAGCAGCAGCUGAUGGAGAUCUUCGGUCGCCACGGCCCGCUGGCCAGCAUCAAGAUCAUGUGGCCGCGCUCGGACGAGGAGAAGGCGCGCGGGAGGAACUGCGGGUUUGUGGCCUUCAUGUCCAGGAAGGACGGCGAGCGCGCGCUGAGGUGUAUUAAUGGCAAAGAGAUAAUGAACUACGAGAUGAAGCUAGGCUGGGGCAAGGCGGUGGUCCUACCCCCGGUGCCUAUCUACAUCCCGCCCGCCCUACAGCAGCCGACGCAGCCGCCGCCGCGGUCGGGCCUGCCGUUUAAUGCGCAGCCGCCUAGGCAUAUGAAGGAUAAGAUACCCCGAUUACGUCCUGGGGAAUAUUACCCCAGCGAUCCUGAUGAUAUUGAAAUGUAUGAUAAGGUUUUGCAGCAAUCAAUUGUGAAAGUAGUAGUUCCUACAGAAAGAAACAUCCUGAUGCUUAUCCACCGCAUGGUCGAGUUCGUGAUCCGCGAGGGGCCGAUGUUCGAGGCCAUCAUCAUGAACAAGGAGAUGAACAACCCCUUCUUCAGCUUCCUCUUCGAGAAUCAGUCCCCGGCCCAUGUGUACUACCGCUGGCGGCUCUACUCCAUGCUGCAGGGCGACUCGCCGAAACAGUGGGCGCCUAACGACUUCCGCAUGUUCAAAGGUGGGUCGGUGUGGCGGCCGCCGGUGCUGAACGUGUACACGGCGGGCAUGCCGGACGAGCUGCUGGACGAGCCGGACGGCAAGGACAGCCUGCGCGGGACGCUCUCCUCCAGCCAACGCGACCGCCUAGAAGACCUCAUCCGCAACCUGACCCCGUGCCGCACCGCCAUUGGCGAGGCCAUGGCUUGGUGCCUCGAACACGCGGAGGCAGCCAACGAGAUCGCCCAGUGCCUGCUCGAGAGCAUGACGGGAGAGAAUACGGCGCCGCACAAGAGAAUCGCGCGCCUGUAUCUGUUGUCCGAUAUACUGCAUAAUGCGGGCGCUAAGCUGACUAAUGCUAGCGCUUUUCGGAGUGUCUUCGAACAACGCCUCGUGGCCAUAAUGCGCGGCCUGGGCGCCGCCGCGGCCGCGCUCCCCGCGCGCCUACAGGCCGAGGGGCUCCGCGCGCGCUGCACCCGCGUGCUGCAGGCCUGGGCCGACUGGGCCGUGUACCCGCCGCCGCUGCUGCUGCUGCUGCACCGCGCGCUGCGCCGCCCCGCGCAGGAGGCUGAGGACGAGGCGCCGGCGGCGGCGGAGGGCGGCGCGUCGCCCGACAGCGCGUCGUCGGGCUCGUGGGACGGCGCGCUGGACGGCGCCGCGCUGCGCAGACUCGCCGCCACCAGACUACCAGCUAGCGACAUAGACGGAGUACCCGUGGACGAGGACAUAGACGGCGUGCCGCUGGAGGCGGAGGCGGAGGCGGAAGCGCCGCCCGCGCCCGAGUACAAGCCCGGCUUCAUACCGUCCAAGUGGGAGAGUGUUGAGCCCGCACAGGUGGAAGCGGAGGCGGUGACAACGGAGAAGUGGAGCUCGCUGGAGGAGCCCGCGCCGCCCACGCCCGAGCCCGCGCCGCAGCCCAGCGACCUUACCGAAGAACAGUCCCUCCCGCGCAGCGUCCUCCGCGACAUCGAGGUGCUGGUGCUGCGGCUCGCGGACGAGCUGGAGGCGCGCCCCGCCGAGCAGCGCCGCCGCCAGCUGCACCACUAUCGGAGGAAGCUCAUCAAGAAGGCCCUUCGAGAAGCUAAAGAGAAAGAGGCUCUGUUGGAAGCGAAGGAGUCGCCCUCGAGGAAACGAUCACCUGACGACGACACCUACUCGGUAUCAUCGAAGAAGUCAAAGAAAUCCCGAGAGGUAUCUCUGUCGCCGCCUCCGGUGAAGUCAAAAUCACGACAUUCCGAUCGCGGCCGCUCGCGCUCCAGAUCCCGCGAGCGAGAGCGAGAGAAAGUCCGCGACCGCUCGCGCGACGAGAGGGAGAGAGAACGAGAACGAGAGCGUGAGAGAGAGCGAGAGAGGGAGAGAGAGCGGGAGAGGCGGCGCCGCUCGCCGGCCACGCCCCCCGGACACCACCACCGGAAGCAUAAGCACGGUAAACACAAGUACUGAUAUGAUGAUACUUCAGUUCUCCGGGAUCGAGACUCCAAUUCAUAACCAUAUUUGGCUGGCUGUUAGCAUUACCACAACACAUAAAAUAUACACAAGUGACAUCAACUGUCGCACUCACUUGUUCAUUGCGCGGUGUUAUCGAUGAAUUGGAAAUUGUAUCAUGUAUUUUAAUGUUGUACCCUUUACAUCGGCUUUACUGGUUUAUAAAAGUGAAUGCUGUAUUUAUUGCGACUGUGGCAUUUUAUUUAACUUUCAUGGA